ACAUUCUCACCCUCCUAUCUUCUUGUACCUAUUUCAUGUCAUUAAGUAGUUUUGUGCUUACAAAGUGGAAGUAUAGAAACCCUAAACCGAAAUACCCAGUGACAGGGAAUAACACAGAUAGAUUUUCAUAAGCAACAUGGCAGAAUCCGAAGUGCAGUUGAAGCUGUUGAUCGACACGAAAAGCAAUAGGGUUUUAUUCGCUGAAGCUGGAAAAGACUUUGUCGAUUUCAUAUUUCACAUUCUUGCUAUGCCAUUAGCUACUGCUAUUAGGUUACUCGGCAAACAAGAAAUGGUGGGCUGCUUGGGCAAGCUCUAUGAAAGCGUUGAGAAUUUGAACGAUGAGUAUAUAUUAGGCAACAAGGAGAUAUUCUUGAGACCAAAGGCACCCAAUCCUAUUUCUUCAGUUCCUUUAUCAUUUCUUACUGAUGAACCAGCUCAGAAAAUCUACUACAGUUGCAGUCAGUGCAAUCAAAGAUACAGUGAGCGUUCAUUCAGUUUUUCUGAUGAUCCCAAUACACCUUGCUCAAUGUGCUCCAAACCAAUGACCAGAAAUUUGACAUAUGUCGCUCCUUCCCAAAAGAAAGACGUGUCAAAUGAAGGCGGAUUUGUGAAAGGCGUGGUGACUUACAUGGUAAUGGAUGAUCUGGUUGUGAAACCUAUGUCCGCUAUAUCCAUCAUUGCUUUGAUUAACAAGUUUAACGUUGAGGGAUUGGCUGCACUACAAGAAAAGGAGGUAGACUUCGGGAUGAAUAAGGUAUGGUGGCUAGAUUCCCUUUUUUAUUUUUAUUUAUUAUUAUUUUUUGUGGAUAUAAGUGACAACUCUAAUAACAUGCUAAACUGUCCGAUCCAAAAGUUUAGUCUACAAGAGACGACACAAAUUUAUGUAUUCACAUUAUGUUUCAAAGAGAGAGAAUUAGAUUAAAACUAACAAGGCCCCUUAUAGUUAUUUAGGGAUUUGUUGUUUUAGAUCUUUCAAUAGAUUUAGAAAUAACAAGUCUGAUUUUUUUAUCACUGUUGACGUGACAAGAGAACUUUUCUCAUGAUUUUCUGCAAUAGUCAUACAUUUAGAAAACAAUACUUAUGUUUUUCUCUAUCACAUCAAUCAACAGUGAAAUUUUUUUAUCUUGCCUACUGAGGACAAAAAAUUAAUUCUAUUAAAAAUAUAUGGAGCAUAGUGGUAAAAAUGGAUUCAUGGAGCCAACUCUAAAUUCGUCUGGAAUACAAUUUAGCCUAUUUUUGUUGUUUUGUAUUGUCCUUAACAAGGUAAUAGUGUUAGUGUUCUUGAUUUUGAAUUAUUUUCUUGUAGUAGUAGUAAUUUUGUUUUUCCUUGCAUUCGAAUACGCAAUUGAUUUUUUAAAUCUUAUUUUUCUUCAGGCUCUGAAGCUAUUGAAAUCAUCUUUACGUACAAGCAAUGUUCUGACCGCUGUUUUCCUGAACGAUAAACAUGAUCCGACCAUUGUUAACAUAGGUUGAAGGUUCAUGAAAUUCUCCAUUAAAUGUAGAUGAAGACUGUAAUUGUGUUGCAUCUUUGUUUUCUUUCUCAGAUGUAAAAUGGCUUGUUUGUGUGCUAGUCUGAGAUGCUUUUAAUGCAUGAGGAUGAAUUUGUGGUAAUCUAUUGGUUAGUUCGAAAAUGGUAUGAUUUACGAAAUAUUUGGACUUACUUAAAUGC